AUCUUGCAAGUAUGAAGUAGAAUAUAUAUGCUGGAUUCUGAAGGUUAAUAGAGAGGAAUGGCUGAUAGUAAAGAUCGAUCCCGUGAAGAAUUAACACGAGAAACGCCAUCAACCUGUGGUAUCUAUUCGCCCCAGACCCUUCACGGGCAUGCUUAUCAAUACCGACCACAAAGUGGCGAAAUAGCGAAUGACAUGAAGCAGUCGGGCACACUAAACAGAGAGAACAUUUCUGACAAAGAACUAUUGAAUGAGGACAAUCCUGCACUGAGUGACAAAGAAGCAAUUGACGAAGUUAAGCCAGUGGAUGACAAUGAAGAAAAUAGAUUGAUCGAUAAGAAAAGGACAAUCACUAAGAAAAACACUGAAGCUACUGAAGAUGUUCUGACGGAAGAAUCGGAUCAGAAUUUCUCAACAGUGGAUAAGGGAGAAAAUAAAACUUUCACGAUAGAAGAUCUAGAAAGGAGUAACGAAAAGACUUCAAUCGAAGUUUCGUCGACACAAGUAGGUCCAUACUCGUGUCCACUGUGUGGGAAGCUGCUGAACUCAGCCCAUUCCUUUACCGUACAUAUCCGUCAGCACAAUCCUAACGAUCAGAGCAGAACUUGUCGUCUUUGUGGUAAAACUCUCAGUUCUACUAGUUCAUUAGAUCGCCACAUGCUUGUUCAUUCAGGGGAACGCCCUUUCAAGUGCAAGAUUUGCAACAUGGCGUUUACCACGAACGGAAACAUGCAUCGCCAUAUGCGGACCCACGGUGUCACGGAUGAGAACCAGGAAGGCGUAAAGAUCUCAAAAGAAUCGAAAACUAAACCGACGUCUAAACGAAAGCUCUGUGGCGAGCCAAAUUCUUACGUUUCCGAUUCUGUUAUAAAAAAACUAAGCGUAGGCUCGGAGACCGUGAACACGCUAAACAACAGUUCAUACGGUGUUCCUGUUUUUGAAGAAGACCUCAGUAAGAAAUGUGAAUUUCAGAGUCAUAUGGACACGCAACUUAGUGAUCCACUUACAAGCUCUGAUUGUGGUGUUACUGCUUCACCUUCUAAACAAAGCUGUUGUAUUACUCAGGAAAAAAAGAAGGAAUUGGAAUCGCAAAAUGCUCUCGCACAACCUUGUGUCGGAUUUCGGGAUGUCACAUUUGUUGAUUUUUCUUUGGAUAAAUUUUCGUUGAUUGCAAAGACAUACUGUGAACAAAAUAAACGACGUCCAAGUAGUGCCUUUCACAGUUUCCAAUGUCCAAAAUGUAAUAAGGGUUUCCCUUGUGGAAGUGCUCUUCGACUUCAUAAAAUGAAUCAUAAUGAAAGGAUGACAACUUAUUGUCCAAGUUGUCGAUGUGACUUCGAGUCUCCACUUUCCCUACAGUCACACCAGCUAAAACAUAAAGCUAUUGAACGUUGCUUCGAAGAAGCGCAUGCAAACAAAGAUGCCAUAGAACCACUGAAUUCUGAGUCAAGUCAUUUGGGACCUAAGAAACAAGAUUUUCUUGCUCUGCUAGAAUUGCAAACCAAGGGGUCUGAGGUAGCAUUGAAGCCAGCAAAUCGUGAGACUCGAGAAGGAACUUUUGAAAACCCAUCCUAUUUCAUUUAUGGAAAACCUAAAGAAGAAGUUAGAAAGGGGUUAGCCACUGAACCAACUGGAGACUUUGCUGAUAUCCAGUCGAUUUUGUCAGUUACAUCUAAAUCUCCGCUGUUGUCCAGUGUUCGAUCUUCACCUGUAGCUGCUUCACCAGCUUCCCCACCUCAGCCUACCACUAGUGUUUCACCAGAGUCUCCUCUAGUAGCUGAUACAGCUGCAGUCAGUCCUCCUUCUCCAUCUAAGACCGAACAGUCUGACACUAAAAACAAGACAAGCAAUGACCAUAACUCAGAAACUUCAGGUCAACUUAAUGAAAUUGGAGAAUUUCCGUGCGAUUAUUGUAGCUUUGCCUUUAAAAGUGCAAGUGCUCUCAAAAGACACAAAAGGUGCCACUCCCAGGGAUGUACAACUUACUCCUGCUCUUUGUGCUCCUACACUAGCUUAGACAAGAGCACACUGAUCCGUCACUUACGAACUCAUAAUGGGGAGAGGCCUUUUCAAUGUGGAAUAUGCAAAUAUGCCUUUACUACAAAAGCUAACUGUGAACGCCAUGUCAGAAAACGUCAUAAGAAAGUAAACAAAAUAGAAAUUCGAAGUGCUAUGCAAUAUAACCCGAACAUGGCCGAACUAAAGUCACCCAAGGAGAUUAAUACUAAAGUUAGCGUGUGUAAGUAUUGUAAUGUGGACUUUAAGUUUAAUCGUGUACUUCGACAUCAUCUAAGAUCACUACAGAAUAGCUGUAGUCGAAAGCCAUUCUGUUGCAAUAUCUGCCAUUUAGGGUUUUCUACGAAAAACAACUGUAUCAGGCACGUCAUGAAGCAACAUCCCGAUAUGAGAGAGAAACUCAGCGAGGUGGUGUCUGCAAAUGUAACAAGUGAUAUAUCUGACCAAGAGUCCCUUAUUCUGUCAGAUGAAAGUCCACAGAAAGAUGAUCGCAGCAAGUCAUCAUUUGGUUCUCAGUCUGAAAUUUUGACAGAUACAAACCAGCCUUUGAAUUUGGCCUUACAAUUAGAGCAUACUUCUAGAACAUCAAGUAGAACAGGCAGUGUAGAUCUCAGCAGCAUUGAUGAUAUUGUAUCGGCCGCCAAUAGUCUUGUCAUUUUGUCAACUAUGCCUCCUCCACAAGAGGAACCUCUGAAUCUUGCUGUGCAUGCUCUGGACCUGAGCCUGAAAACAAGCCAGAAAUCCGAAUUAUUUGAAAGUGCGAAACCAGCUAGUAUUUUCAGCAUGCCUGGUUAUUCCCCGACCUCUUUCUCCUCUAAUUCUCAACAAUUCCACGUCUCACCAUCACUUUUUCCAGGAUCUAAACUUAGUACAACGAACAACUUUCAUGGCCAACCUAGAAUUUCUGGUUCUCCUUAUAUGAAUAUUUCCUUUUCGACAAACAUUUCACCAAGACCCAAAACUCGGAAUCAAAACGAUGAUGUUUACAUGAACUUUAAAAUGGUAAAUGACAAGUUGGCUCCACGUAACCAAAGAUCGUUUAUUUGUCCCUACUGCUCAGCUGGUUUUACUUUGAAAUCAAACAUGGAACGACACAUUAAAAGAAAACAUCCCGAAUAUGCUCGACCCACAAGAAGCAGAAAUUUCAUUCCCAAUUUAACCCCUUCUGUGCAAAAACCUAGUGCCCCAGCUCUUUCGAGUAAAACUAGAGCUGCGCUCAGAGACCUUGUUCUUGGAAAUAAAACCCAAGAAAACGACCAAACCGAAGAUCCAAUAAGCGCUAACGAAAACAAAUCAGUAGAGUUAGAUUAUCAACAACAAGGGCUGAAUUUAACUGUAGCUGAAGAAUCUGAACGUUCCACUUCUUUUGAAACUGGUGAUAUCAACAGUGAAGGUGAUAAAAUACGUGGCAAUAACUCAAGCUUAAGUAGCAGUGAGAGUAACAAAAAAAUUACUAGUGAUUCAGAAAGUACUGCAGACUUAGCCAGUGUUUCUUCAGUUAUUGACACCGCCAAUUCUCAGGCGUUUCGUCAGUACCUGAUGGAUGCCAAAAAAGAUGAUAGAAAACCUAGCAGUAGUUCUGAGAUUACUGAAAAAGAACAACCUGAAAUCACAGAACGUAAAAUCCCGGCCGAAGACAGCACACAGUCUGUUAAUAACGCUCUUUCAAAAAAGAAGAGUUAUUAUAAUGAUUCUCCAAAUAGCGUUUCCUGCCCAUUUUGCUCUCGAAAAUUUCCAUGGACAAGUUCUCUGCGCAGACAUAUUUUAACUCACACUGGCCAAAAACCUUUCAAGUGCCCUCGAUGUCCAAUUUGGUUCACCACAAAGUCGAAUUGUGAGAGACACUUGCUUCGUAAACACGGUCGUAACAGUGAGAUUCAUUCACGGAGUGUUCCAGAAAGGCCAUUCAAGUGCAAUAUCUGUCCAAGUAGCACGUUCUCAACUCCAGGAAAUCUUAGAAAACAUUACUACUUAAAACAUUGGACCAAAAAAGGAGGAAUUCUUGGACCUCGCUAUUCAGAUUCUGAACUUAAUAACCAUGAGCAUUACGAAGACCACUCUAAUGCCUUAGAAGUGUGUGAGAAUGAGCAAAAAGAUUCAUUUAACCAGAGUGCUCUGGAUACAGAAGGUGAUUGUUCCGGUUCAGACUCAAAACAGCAUAAACACAUGAACGAUAUGCAUUGUCAAUGUUGUGAUAGAACCUUUCUUUCACGUAAAGACCUUGAUGCCCAUACAGGACAACAUUUGGAUCUACCUUAUAAAUGUCACCUAUGUGACAAUUCUUAUGGCAAGAGACAAGAAUGCCUUGACCACUUGCAGCUAAUCCAUAACUCCGAAUACCAGCUGUUAAUAAAUAAGGGAGCAUUAGACCAACAAGGCUUGGAGAAAGAGGCCAUGUUACCUUCGCCGGUAGAUAUGAACAUUAUCAAUAAUAACAACGAGGAAGAAGAAAACGAUUCCAGAAGUAAACAGUUGGGUUAUAUUCAACGAAAAGUUAUUUGUGCUUUCUGUUUACGUCGUUUUUGGUCGACAGAAGACCUCAGACGUCACAUGAGGACACACUCUGGUGAGAGACCUUUCGCUUGUGACAUUUGUCAUCGCAAGUUUUCUCUAAAGCAUAGUAUGACACGUCAUCGUCGCAAACAUCAAGGACAUGCGACUUUGGCUUUUCAGGAUAGUACAGACGAAGAUUGCCCACCAAUGAAAUUUACCCUUCGAUCAAAAUCAAAAUCUCGGAAAAAACCAAGUCAAAACUCGUUACUGUAUUUGUUACCUCGUUCAAAAGGUUUGGCUCAUUCCUCCUCGGAGUGGACAACCACGGGCAGCACAUCAGCUGCGAAAGAAGAAUUAUCAUUUACAAACAAAACUUCUCAAGAGAUCACCGAAGGAGCAGAGGACGAGAACGCUUUGAUCCAGGAUCUACUUGGAAUUCAAGAUUCGACAAUCAUUGACCAGAUGCUUGAUUCUGCUGAUUCUGCUGCUAAACUCCUUGGAGUUCAAAAGCUAUGACAGUUCGUAACCUUCACCGUCUGUCUUACUGUUGGUAGAAAGCACGUUUAAUAGAAUUUUAAAUGUCAACGUCAUAUUGUGAAUUCAUUUUCAAGUGACUUUUCAACGGCUUUUGGAAGAGUCCUAACUAACAUGCAGAAAUAGGCUAUGCAUUGAUUUAUUACUUGUAUUUGAAAACGAAAUUCUGUGUUUUUUUGUUUUUAAAGCAACUAGUGGAUUGCUUCUCGAUAAGCUUUGUAAAAAGUUCCUUAAAUCUUGUAAUCCUUCCUUCCUUUGUUUCUCAGGAAAGAUCACGAUCCAGUCACAAAGUUAUGGAGUUUUGAGUUUAUCAUUUCAUUUUUAUAAUUAUGUUCAUUUUCAUAUAUUUAUGUGAAGUUCUCAUUUCAGAUAAUAUUACUGGUAUAGUGGUUGAAUGGGGCCAGUUGUUUAUUGAUCAAUAUUUAAUGUUGAUGUUGUUAUAAUGUUUAGAUUUGUGAUAGCAGUAAGGUUUUUGAUUCAACUUGUUAUUGUAUUUUUGAAAUUAACUAGUAACAGUUAGAUUAUAUCGUUGUAAAGUGGACCAGUAGAAUAUAACUGGGUAAACACAUGUAAUUCUACUGACAAUAAUGAUUGCAGAAUGAGCAAUUGAAAAUGAAUAGUGCGAUUAGUAACAAUGAAGAGAAAUAAUGAUAAAAAUAGAAUACAUUAACAUGAUAUUGUUAGAAAUAUUGUCUUUAAUUUCACAUUUGAUCUAUUGUAAAAUAAUCAUUUGAAGCCUUUUACUUACCGCCUUUUUAUACAUGUUUUAAAGACGUGGCACGUUAUGAGAAAAGUCGUUUUCCAUAUGUUAGGAUUAUAUGUUACUACAAGUUUCUUUGUAAAAUCAAAUAAAUAACUGUCUCAUUUUCUUUCAAAAUACCCAAAGUUGUUCACAAAUAACCAGAGGUUAAAGUUCUUAUUAUUAUUCCUGCAGGUUUACAACAAUUAAGUCGCCUUAUCUUUCUUAAAAUAGCGCAUGGAAACAGAAUUAUCUUUAAUGUUAUAUUACUUAAGAAUUGUUCUGAUUUGUCAUGAAGGAUCAUAAUGUUUAUGUAAAUUUUGUUCAUGUUGAUGAAGCUAAGUGCUCAGCACCUAGUUAUCAGAAUUUUCUGUGAUAAGUAAAAAAGAAAAACUUGAUGUAAAAUUAUUAAACUGAUACAUACGAAUUUUCGUAACUUACAGAAAUUUUGUGUAAAAUGCCUUAUAUUAUUUAGCCCAGCAUUUAUUAUCAAAGUUCAAAAAAUAUUUUUAAAGUUUAUCUGACUUAUGACUAAUAAUAUACCAUAAUUACAUGGUAAUAAUCAUCUCGUUUAUUACAAAAAAUAGAUGAUUUGUUUUUACUUAUUUCGAAAGUGCUUAUAGAUGCCGUCCACAAAAUGCAUGCUGUCUUUCACUACUGUUUACUAUUAAUAAUCCUUUAUUUCCUGUGGUUAGUUUCUUGUUUAUAGGCAAAACUAUGCAAUGAUAUCAUAUAUAUCUGUAUAUGUAAUCUCUCUAGCAAACACACACUUCUCUUUUGCUUGAAUAUGAGCGAAAAACUGGAAAUUUGCGUCCAAGAUUUGCUCCAGCGUAUUACAUAUAUAACGUCCACUAUUACUCGACUUUGCAUAGCUUUCUUGUGCAUAUGUAUACGUUUGAAUAGCAGGUGGUCUUUUAAGUCAUGAACUUUAUAAAGUUACUUUAAUAGGCAAAUGUACGUUGGAAUUGUUUAGAAUUUUAGAGAAGGUAUUUAUUAUAUGAAGGGAUUACUGUUAUGAAAGACUUAUCGUACAGUUAUUCUUGGUAUUGAAGCACCAAAUCAUAACCAACGUGUCCAUUGGGACUGUGGUUUUCACAUUUCAUAAAUGUUCUUAGACUUAGUUUGCACUUAAAAAAAUACUGGUGUAGAAUAAUGUUUCAAAUCUUUAGAUAAUUGUGUGAUCAGUUAUUUCACUUUUCAGAUACUUAUGCGCUGGACGUCAUUACAAAUUUGUCUGGUUAUCCAAUGAACUUGUUAAUCAUGUUAGUAAAAUACAAAACUUUUAAUAGAACUGUAUUCUUUAAACCGUAUAUCUAUAAACAUAUUGCUAUUUUUUCUUUAUUUUAAAUAAGCUGUUUUUAACAAUUAACUCUGGAUAGCUGAAUAAGGUUUGAAUUUUUGAAUUUGCUGAGCCUCAUUUUUAUAAAUAGUUUAGGAUUUCAAUGUACCUAACAGAAGUAAUUGAUACUUAGCGAAACUGCUUUUAUUGAAUAAUCUGCCUAGAAGGAGAGUGACAUAACAGUUAUACGACAUCGUUACAAGUAUUAGAAGCAUGAUUCAAUCUAGAAACCUAGUAGUUCCAGUAUUCUAUCUGCAGCCUUAUGCUCGAGUCCGUUACUUACCGUCCACAUCCCGUGCGUUGUACAUACACAAAGUAUAUUUCGGCUGGAAGUAUGAUGAAGUAUAAGUUAACUUAUUAAAGUAAAACAAGUAUAAAAAACACUUUUUAAGCAGAUUGAAUAGAGAAUGGUAUUUAGAAAUAUUGUAAUGUUCCUUUAAAAAUAUAAAGUUUUUGUCCCAUUUUGGACAAAAUAAAAAUAGGGAGAUUUAAAUAUUACUUAUAUAGUUUUUUCUGCAUUUUUUCCGAGAUAAACUGACCAAAUACGAGUAGAAUCAAGAUAGUCCUUUCCAGGUUAGGCAGUCGAGUGAGUAAUGUUGGAAGAGACGUCUGUCCUUUCACAACUAUUAAAAUGGAGAAAAACGCUUCCAAUUGUAAAAGGAAAAUAGUGUAGUAAUUUUUCUUCCAGUGUAGCUGAGUUGAAAAUUAUUUUUUUCUAUUGUUUUUAAAAAAGAACCAACCGUAAUCGCUGCAGCGUCACUAAUUUUAACUCAUUAAGCCUAAUUCGUAGAAGAUGUUUUUGAUUUCAUUCCAGAGGAAAUGUGAUUUUAUAAGCAAUAUUCACAGACCAAUUUUGUCAAUGAAAAAUAUUAGUUUUAUGAUGCAAGAAAGAGCGAAUAAAGUUACAGGUGAAUUUAAAAAAAACAACACCUUAAGUGAAAUAUUACUAGAAAUACGUCAUAAUCAAAUAUAUAUGUUCAUUUUAUUGUGCUGUAACGAAAACUAUCAUCAUCUUAUUUAUCUAUUAAUAGGAGGAGCUAGUCAAAUAGCUAUUACAUUUUCAGAGUAUACGAGUGCUUUAAUAAAUAAAUAUAGUUAAGCAAUACGCAUGAUAAAAUGUCCAUCCUUCUAGACGUUUAAUAUGUGAUUACAGUUUUUGUUUCUAAGGUUAUAUACCACCACAUGCCUUUGAAGCAAUCAUUCCAUUUACCAAAUAGUCGUUAGAAUGUAAUUGUAUAUUUGUGAUUGAGCAUGCACAGUAAUAAAACUGAUUUUGACCAAUA